AUGGUGGAGGAUCCGGGUUUCGGAGAGACAGCCAGUGUGGAAAUGCUGCCAGAGGACGGCAGCCAAAGGCCCAGGGCCAGAGCUGGGCUGCAGGCCAGGAGCGGCCGCAUGCGCUGGGCUCUCACCUUCUGCCUGGUGUUGCUCCCCAUCCUCGCAGGGCUCACCACCUACCUUCUUGUGGGCCAGCUCCGGGCCCAGGGAGAGGUCUGCGUGCUCCAGACUCCAGAGGGACAAGAGUUUGGACCAUCACAUCAGCAAGCUUACACACCUCCCAGAACUGAUGGAGCUAAGCCGAGGGCACACCUGACAGUUGUGAGACAAACUCCCACACAGAACUUGAAAAAUCAUUUCCCAGCUCUGCAUUGGGAGCACGAACUUGGCUUAGCCUUCACCAAGAACCGGAUGAACUACACCAAUAAAUUCCUGGUUAUCCCAGAGUCAGGAGACUACUUUGUUUACUCACAAGUCACAUUCCGAGGGACUAUGUCUGAGUGUGGUGAAAUCGGCCUAGGAAGACAAUCGAGCAAGCCAGACUCCAUCAUCGUGAUCGUCACCAAGGUAACAGACAGCUACCCUGAGCCAACCCAGCUCUUAACAGGAACCAAAUCAGUGUGUGAAUUAGGCAGCAACUGGUUCCAACCCAUCUACCUGGGGGCUGUGUUCUCCUUGCAAGAAGGAGAUAAACUGAUGGUGAACGUCAGUGAUAUCUCCUUGGUGGAUUAUACGAAAGAAGAUAAAACCUUCUUCGGAGCCUUCUUGCUAUAGGGGCAGGACAGAUGUCAUUGUGUGAAGGUUCCCUGCCUCCUAGUUCCUUUUCUUCAUUCAUAUGUAGGCGUUUUCUUGAGGCCACGGGGGUAUUCCACAGAGGCAGUCGUUUAGCUUUGAAAUUUAAGAUCCAAAAAUUCACACUUUACAUGCCUUAUUAAUGAGAAUACUAGUUGGAAAAGGGCAGAAGAGAGCAGACACGUUGUCAUGGUGGCUUGGAGGAGUGGCGAGUUUCUAAACAUUAAAACACUGAUCGUGAAUGGAUGUAUGAUUUACUCGGGUCAAGAUCUGAAGAGGAACAUUUCCAUGGCUUCCUACUACACAUUUGUCACCAUUGGACCAUUUGUCCGAUUGGAUCCUGAAGCAUUUGCUUUAGUUGAAGAAUCUUAAAGUUCAAAGCCCUAGAGAACAGUGUAAACCUUCAGAGGUGAAAUCCUUAAUUGGUUUCCCCAAGCACAUACCUUCAUGCCUUGCUUAAAAAGUGAAAAGAGAGCUGGUAUUUCUCAGGAACCUUCUCAAAAAAAAGAAAUUGGUUUUCAUGCCACAUAUGGCGUGUGAGAAAAGCUACCUUUCCUUUUCUUAUGGACACAGGUAUCAAAAUAAGCAAGUAUGAGUUCCACAGGCAUAUUGAAAAUACAACAAUAGCAUUUAUUCAGCACAGUUUUCUUGAGCAUCUGUUAUAUGCUGGGAACUGCUGUGGAUAUUAUGAAGAACAAGACAGACUCUACUCCAAACCCUUAUGAAUACCUCUAGAUGCUUCCUGGUCAAAUAUCACUCAACAUAUUCAAAGGAUUAACUCCAAAACCUAAGAAAAUAUCAUCUGACACUGUUAUAUAAGCUUUCUGGAGUUCUCUUGAUUAUGUAAGAUGUCUAGCUGAUUAGGUCACACAGAAAACUUGAAGACAGAUUUUGAGCUAAUGACACAGCUAUAAAACAAAUUUGAUUGAUUCUAGGCGACCAUGAACUUAUUCUCUGGGAGAAAAAAAAAAAAAGUCAAUCACCCAAUCUGAAAAAGUUAACUUAGAUCUGCUUUCAGAUUUGAUUUCCAACUUU